AUGGAAACGACAACAUUUCAUGGAGUACGAGAUUUUUUUGUUGCCCAAACACUUAGUUUAAAAAUGUUAUGGUUAACAUUGGUAAUUGUAGCAGUAAUCUUUGCUGCACAUGGUUCUUACAUGAUUUAUAGUGAAUAUUCAGCUAGACCAGUGGUUGUUUCAUAUUUUGUUCAAGAUGCAGGUUCAUUGCCGUUACCCGAUAUUUUAAUAUGUCCAUUUAACCGAUAUAAUCGAACAUUUUUGGAGCAGCAUAAUGUUAGCGAAAGUUUAGCACAGUAUUUGGAAAUGUCAUAUCCAGGAACUACAAUACAUCAGUUUCAAAAAGAACGAUAUAACUAUAUCAAAAAACAGACUGAAAAAUUGGAUAUGGAUUUGCAGUUGUUAUUAAAACGUUUGGGAAAUAUCACCUUCAAAGAGUUCGUCGAAAUGUCUACUUUGGAUUGCACUGCAUUUUUCGAAGAUAGGUCAGUUUGCAAAAAAGUAACUGCUGCGAUGUCAUCAGUGGGCAAAUGCUUCAGAGUCUAUGGUGGUGAUCAGCAAGGCAAUGGGUACGGAAACGGAAAGCGUUUAAUACUAAAUGUACCCAGUCAUUUGUAUCACGCCGGUGUCAAUAAUAUGAUUAAUGAUGGAUUAGCAGUUAAAUUAGCUGAGAGAAACAGAGGAGCUGAUCGUGAUUUAACGUUUAUACCGACAGGUGUACAUGCUUUAAUGCCACUAUCAGCCACUCGCUAUGAAUUCAUGAGCGAUCCACCAAGAUAUAUGUGCAUUGAAAAUGCUAACGAUAACUACAGUAAUCUUUGGUGUUACGAGGUAUGUUUAACACAGAUCCCAGAAGAUGUCUGUAAUUGUUCUCUAGCGGCGUCAACUAUUAUGCGAAAAGAUGCACUGUGUACAUAUAAACAAUUCAUUGAGUGCUUUGUUCCGACUAUUCGAGCAAAUGGUCCAGCAAAAAUCAUGAAAAGGUGUAAGGAGAAGUGCAAAGCACCGUGUUCUUAUUGGUCAUAUCAGAAAACCAUAAGUUACGCUCGAUUUCCAGCUGAUCAUCAUCGUUACAUGUUAAAAAAUGACACCGAAUGGGAAAAUUUACAUAACAAAAUUAUUCUUGAGGUUUUUUAUACGAGUUUGGAUCAUACAGUAAUCAAACAUUUAAUUGCAAUGACACCGAGUUCUUUCAUCUCCCAAAUUGGUGGUCAACUAUCGUUGUGGAUUGGUGGAUCUAUCAUAUCCAUACUUCAACUGCUAAUAUACUUUUUUCGAGGUUCAUUGCAUUAUACGGCAAGAAAACUGUAUAAGCAAAAAAAUACAAACUGUGAAAAGGGUAUAACACUGGCAAAUCAUAACAAUUCUGUAACACCAAACGAUACGCCUAGACCAAGCUCACAGAACUCUCAAGAUUAUGUUCUGGAAGGUGAAAGCGUUAUUUUAUAG